AUGACUACAAUUCCGACCUGUCCUUUCCAAAGCCCAAGGGACCUCUUCUCCGAUUUCGCUUCCUUGAGAAAGCAGCCCGGCUUUCCAUUCUCCUCACAUCUCAAUGCCCACGUCGUUUCCAGAUACGACGAUAUAGUUUCCAUCCUCGACCGACCCGAUAUCUUCUCCUCGAAGCCGACGAUCCCAGAAGCUCCUGCUUUCGUGAGAGAUCUGUUCGCUGGCAAAGUACCGGAUGGAUCCACGCUUUUGAAUUGGGACAACCCCGACCAUGAUCGCUUGCGCCAGUCCGUUGCGUCCUUUUUCGUCCCGCGUAGGCUUGAGCGCUUCGCUCCCUUGAUUGCUCGUGAGGCUCAUCAGCUCAUMGACGAGUUCGUUACACAAGGCAGUGCGGAUCUUAAAGCCGCCUUUGCACUACCUUUGCCCUUGAAGGUCAUAGCUACUGUUGCCGGUCUGGAUCCUGCUCGAUGGGAGUGGAUUGGACGCUCUCUCGCUUUAUUCGGGGGACACGCAGCAAUGCGGACGGGGACUUUUGAAGAACAAAUCCAGGGCAUCCUGGACCUUCAUGACUAUAUCGCGGACUUGAUACAAGCGCGCAAGUCGGACCGUCGCGACGAUCUCAUCAGCCACAUCUGGGAACAGCGCGAUGCGGGAAUUGUCAAGAUGACCGACAUGGAACAUCUGAUGAUGAUCCCGGGUCUGUUGCUUGCUGGACACGAAACGACGACAAACUUCCUCUSCAUGUCCAUGUCACACCUGCUGUCGCGUGGAAUCUGGGAGGAUGUCUCGAAAGAUGACGAAGCCAUCAAGGAGGCUUUGGAGGAGCUUUUACGGUACGAAUCGGCCAUUACGGGCAUGCGUCGGGUUGCCACCGUCGAAACUUCCAUCGGUGGYUGUCCCGUAAGUGCAGGUACGCCAUUGUUCGUAGCGUACAAUUCAGGCAGUCGUGAUCCGACCAAGUUCCCGGAUCCAGAUCAUCUCCUCCUGGGCCGCAAGACAGGUGUUCAGCAUCUCGCGUUUGGGAAAGGUAUCCACGCAUGUCUGGGCGCACCGCUCGCUCGGAUCUUGUUGCGUGUAGAGAUGCGUGCUCUGGCAAGCCGGUUGCCCAAUCUUCGCUUGAAAAUCCCUUACGAUCAGAUCCAGUACGACAGCAUACACGAGGGUCGCGGCAUCGAGAGUCUGGAGGUCUGUUGGGACACGGAAAAUCUACCCAAGGUACCGGCCGACCUGUUGCCAACCAAGCCGCCUAUUACCAUCAAAAGGGACGAUCUUUCACUCCGGGUUGUGCAAGCAACAAAGGUGGCGGACAGUGUUCUUCAGCUCGUAUUGGAAACAAAAGACCACGAAAAGCUACCAAGUUGGUCGCCAGGGUCCCAUAUUGAUGUCAAAGUGGGAAUUCUUGGUUACCGGCAGUAUUCGCUGUGCUCGAACGUAGGACAUCCCGRACAGUGGCGCAUAGCGGUCCUCCUCGAGGAACAAGGCUCCGGAGGUUCACAAUACAUACUCCGACAACUGUGCCCAGGCGAUACUGUCACUGUUCGCGGUCCGCGUAACCAUUUCAAGAUGGAACCGAGCCCAAGGUAUCUGUUCAUCGCAGGCGGAAUCGGAAUCACGCCCAUCACAUCGAUGUUGGAGGUGACAAAGAAGGCCGGGAGCAAUUACAGACUCAUCUACCUCGGACGCGCACGAUCUUCCAUGGCCUUCUCGGCCGAGCUGUCUAUAGAUCCAGCGGUUAAAAUCUGGCCUCGGGAUGAGAAUGGAACUUUUGACGUUGCUUCCCUCGCCGCCGAAGAUCCCGCUUCUUUGAAGAUCUACUGUUGCGGACCUGCAAGACUUCUCGAGGCGGUCGAAAAGGCCUGCGCUGCUUUCCCAGCGGGAACGCUCCAUGUGGAACGAUUCACAGCUCUUGAUCAAUCCGCCCAGGUCAACAGGCGCUUCACGGUGAGAAUGAGCAGGAGUGGAAGGAUCUUGGACGUACCGCCCGAACGCACCCUCCUCGAAGUUUUGAAUACAAACGGGGCAAACGUCUUAUCGACCUGUUCAAAAGGCACGUGCGGCACAUGUGAGGUUGCGGUGGUGGAUGGCGUGCCGGAGCAUCGGGAUACUGUAUUGACAGCUGGGGAGAAGUUGGAGGGGAAAACUAUGAUGCCGUGCGUGUCGAGAUGUGUGGGAGACAUGCUCUCGCUUGAUCUCUGGUGA